GCUCAAUGGCGCCAGCGCGACCUGGGCCUUGGCCGUGAGGGAGCGGCAACGGAUGCUGCUCAGGGAGGCGGCGGGAGCGAGAGUGAGAGAUGGCUUUCCGUCGGUAGGUGCGCGCUCUCGCAAGCUCUUCAGCACAGGUUGUUGUCUGUGAAAAGCGGGAAGCCACAACAAGCCGAGGUCCGGGGUUACAGCAGUGGCCAGGGCGACCGGUAGCUAUUGCGCUGCAGUGGGCAAUUCACACUGGUUGAGUGACUUUUCUCUGUUCCAGGCCUGUGGAACUAUAAUGAGCACCUGGAGAUACGAUUAGGAUGGCAGAAGAGAUCAGGCGUGCCAUGGUAACUUUUGGCCAGGUGGUUAUUGGGCCACCUGGCUCGGGGAAGACCACCUACUGUGCAGGGAUGCAAGAAUUCCUUACUAAACUGGGCCGCAAAGUUGCAGUAGUGAACUUGGACCCUGCCAAUGACCUCAUUCCUUACCAAUGUUGUGUGGAUAUUGCGGAACUGGUGAAGCUUGAUGAUGUUAUGGAUGGUCUUGGUCUGGGGCCCAAUGGAGGACUCAUUUACUGCAUGGAAUACCUAGAGGCAAACCUGGACUGGCUACAGGAGAAGAUGCAACAGUUCAAGGACUAUUAUUUCCUAUUUGAUUGUCCUGGUCAGGUGGAACUGUACACUCACAAUUGUUCUGUACGAAACAUCCUUGCACAAUUAGCCAAAUGGAAUUUCAGGUUAACAGCUGUUCACUUGGUGGAUUCUCAUUACUGCACCGAUCCAGCAAAGUUCAUCUCUGUACUCUGCACAUCCUUGGCUACAAUGCUGCACAUGGAGCUGCCGCAUGUUAAUAUCCUCUCCAAAAUGGAUCUGAUUGAAAAGUUUGGGAAAAUAGCAUUUAACCUGGAAUAUUACACUGAGGUAUUGGAUCUGUCCUACCUUCUGGAUCACUUUGCCAAAGACCCUUUUUUCAAAAACUUUCGACGAUUGAACAAGAAACUUAUAGAAGUGAUUCAAGAUUACAGUCUGGUCUCCUUUAUCCCUCUGAAUGUGCAGGAUAAAGAAACAAUGAAGUAUGUGAUUAAGGCUGUUGAUAAAGCAAAUGGAUAUUGUUUUGGGAACUCGGAGCAGAGAACAUUGGAGGCCAUGAUGUCCGCAGCAGUGGGAGCAGAUUUCCAUUUCAGCAAGUCUAUGGAGGCCCAGGAGAAAUAUACAGGAUCAAUUGAAGAGGAUGUGGAGGAGGAUUUGAGACAGUUUUCCACCGAUGUGCAACAUUCCACACAGUGUGAAUCCACUCACUGACCGUAGCAGAGCCUACACCUACUAUGAGAGACUCAGUGGCCAAGAUGGGAUCUCGCAGCAUGUUUCCAGGUGCGGCAGGAGCUGUUGUUCUCAGCUUUGCUGCAAUUGAACCUUACGAUCACUUACUGAUCAUUUUUACCCAACCCUGCAUCAAGCAGCAUGAUUUAAAAAUAUAUAUAUUUUGUGAAUUUGAUCCUUUUUUUCUAAUGUAUUGAAUAAAGAUAUUUAGUUUCAGUACAUUCUGCUCCUCCAGACUAGUAACAUAGCAGUAGUUUUUUACAGAUUAAUAAUGAAGUCAACCGUCUUGUAGAGACAUCAAUGUAGAAGAUUUCACUUACGUCGGAGGUGCUGGCAACUGCAAGAAUAUUUGUUGUCUUCCGUUGUGUUUAAUGUGAGUGGCAUCAUGGCAUAACUAGGAGAGCUGCUGCCUCAGUGACCCAGGCUCCACCAUGAUCUCUGAUGCUGCCUGUGUGGAGCUGGCACAUUUUCCAAAGUACAUCCUAAAAAUGUUUGGGUUGGUAGGCUAAUUGGUCCUCUUGAGGGCAAUUGGUAAUGUGUAAUUACUGUUGGCCCGUAUCUCAAAUUAAUUGAUGACAAUUCUGGAAAACAAUGGCUAAUAAACUUUAUUGACACAGGA